UAUGCCAUCGACGGCACGACCGUUGAGUUUGAGUGUAAGCCCGGCUACGAGUUUGAGGUCCAUUCAGUGCGUACGUGUCUACACAACUCGAGUUGGGACGUCGAGGCAACCAUAUGUCGAGAAAUUGAUUUUACUUCAGGACUGCCACAAUCGCCCAUUUAUGCACUACCGAUGCUUACGAUUGUCGGUUGA